AUGUUCAAUGAAUUCAAUAUUAUUAUAUGUGGAUCUGCUCGUGUCGGUAAAUCGACAUUAAUCAACGCUAUAUGUGGUCGUAAACUUGCUAAAACGAGUUCUGGACUUGAUUCAUGUACGAAAGAUAUUUCACGUUAUGUACUCAGUGAAAGAUGCUGCAUCGACAAUGAAUGGAUAACAUAUAUGUACAAUUUUUGGGAUACACCGGGUUUCGAAUCCUGGAAUGAGACCGAUAUUCGUACUAAUUUUAAUAAGAUUAUGCAGAAGCCCAAAUCGGAUCCACUGUGUAUGAUCUACUGUGCUUCACCAGGCUCUUUUGCUGAUACAAAGCAAAUAAAAUGGUUGUUAGAUGUAUGCAUACUCGAACAUAAAGUACUCUGCGCACUUGUGGUGACCAAUAAAUGGGCUGGACAAAGAUCACAACGCAUAGCCAUAUUGGAUAAAUACAAAGAGUUACUAGCUAACUAUCAUCAACAAACGAGUGAUGAAGACGGAAUUAUUUACUUCGGUAACGUAGCUUUAUGUACUAUGGUUAAUGCGCAGCCUUAUAUUGAUGAAGAACAAAAUAUUAAUCAUGAACAAGAAGGUAUUGACGAGCUUAUUGAAGGCAUCAUGACAUGUUUGGACAGUGAUGCCAAAAUUUUUCAUUGGUGUGUAGCUGUUAUGCAAAAAAAAGGGUUACUAAAUAAUUUUAAAGGGAAGAUUAAACAAAGAUUUGCUAAUGUUAAAGACUUCUUCGUUAGAAAACUCACAAAAACAAAAUCAUAA